AUGCGCGAUUCUGUCUCCUUAGCUGUUUUGCUUUUGCUACCUGAACUAGUUUUGAGCCAAAACCUCUAUGAGUACCUCGAAAUCUCAAGCUCAGCAACUGAGAGUCAAAUAAAAAAAGCUUAUCGUCAUCUUGCAAAGCAAUACCAUCCGGACAAAAACAAAGACCCAGAAACUGAAACAAAAUUUAAACAAAUCACGUUUGCUUACGAGUGCUUAUCCGAUCCGGUAAAAAGGCGUCGGUACGACUCUGGUCAAGGAAUCAAAGCGUGCGAAGGCGACGGUGGUGGCGAUAAUUUUGGCGACUUUGGGUUUUCUAACAUCUUCAGUACAAUGUUUGGUGGCGGGUCCGAUAUGCGUCACGGUGAAGACAAACUUCGUGGUGCGGAUAUCAUCGUUGACCUUCCGGUUUCUCUUGAAGAACUUUACAAUGGAGAGUUUGUUGAAAUCGUUCGUUCAAGGCCUGUUAAAAAAUCUAAACCGGGCACACGGGAGUGCAAUUGCAGAAUGGAAAUGAAGACUCAGUAUUUGGGUCCCGGUCGCUUCCAGAUGCUGCAGCAGAGGGUUUGCAACCAAUGUCCCGACUUUGAGUUCGUCACUGAAGAUCGCCAAAUUGAGGUGGAGAUCGAACCUGGGGCUCCUGAUGGCCAUGUUUAUUCCUUUCCGGAUGAAGGUGAACCACACACCGAUGGGGACAGUGGGGACCUGAAGUUUGUCAUUAGACAGCGAAAACAUCCUGUAUUCCAUCGCCGGGGCGAUGACCUCUAUACAAAUGUGACAAUCGGUCUUACCGAUGCGUUGGUGGGAUUUGUAUUUGAGCUCACGCAUUUGGAUGGACACAAGGUGUUGCUAAAGCAAAAUCAAGUGAUAUGGCCUGGAGCAAUAAUGCGAGUACCGAACGAAGGCAUGCCAAAAUACGAUGACAAUGCCAAGAGGGGGAACCUCAUAGUUACUUUUGAUGUCGUCUUCCCUCGUAACCGACAGCUCACAACUAAUGAAGCAGAAGCAAUCAAAAGCAUUUUUAAUGAGGGCACAAAAGCUUCGGAGAAGUCUGUCAUAUUUGGUGUUCCCACUAAGAGACCUGAGGGCCUCAGCGAGGGGCACACCAGUCCCAUUGUCUACAAUGGUCUCCUAUCGAAGAGCGCUGCCGAAAAACAUCUGCCCAACACUUUGGCGUAG